AUGAUUGUCGAGGGAGUUACACCGCACUAUGACCCAACUGACUCGGAGUCAGGAUGGAAAGAAAAGAGUAUGGAGAACCAGGUGGCUCCUCAAUACCAGGAUGCCUUCGGAAAUGAAGAUGGUGCGGAGGUCAAAUAUAAGACCAUGAAGUGGUGGCAAACCGGAAUGUUCAUGAUUGCCGAAUCUGUUUCCCUCGGUGUUCUAUCUCUACCAAAGACUCUCGCCGAACUGGGUCUCGCCCCGGCUCUUGUUCUCAUCAUCGGACUGGGUAUUCUGGCAACGUAUACCGGAUACACCAUUCACCAAUUCCGCGCACGGUACCCCCAUAUUCAAAACUUGGCCGAUGCUGGUGAGAUUUUGUUUGGUGCCUUUGGCCGGGAAUUGUUUGGUUUGGGCCAGCUGCUUUUCUCGAUUUUCAUCAUGGGUAGUCACAUCUUGACUUUCAGUGUCAUGAUGAACACUGUUACCGAGCACGGCACCUGCACUAUGGUUUUCACAACUGUUGGAUUUGUCAUUUGUUUCGUGUGCUCUCUUCCUCGGACCAUGAAGAAUAUGACCUACAUUUCGUGCAUGUCCUUUGUCAGUAUUUUAACUGCCGUGUUGAUCACUAUGAUUGGAGUCGGCGUCCAGAAUAAGGGUGGUGUUGACCUCAAGGCCACCAUUGAUACUGAUCUAUUCCGCGCUUUCAGCGCAGUCACCAACAUUGUCUUUGCCUACUGCGCUCACGUCGCUUUCUUCGGUCUGAUUGCAGAGAUGGAGGAGCCCAAGGACUUUCCCAAAGCUCUGGUCAUGCUUCAGACAUUCGAAAUUGUCUUUUACACCGUGGCUGCGAUUGUCAUCUACUAUUACGUUGGUCAGGAUGUCGCAUCUCCUGCCCUAACGUCUGCUGGUCCCGUAUUGAAGAAAGUUGCUUACGGCAUUGCCAUUCCAACCAUUAUUGGUGCUGGCGUCGUCAACGGCCACAUUGGUCUCAAAUACAUCUACGUUCGACUCUUCCGUGGAACUGACCGCAUGCACAAGCGUGAUUUGACUGCUGUCGGAUCUUGGGUUGCCAUCGCUCUCACCUGCUGGGUCAUCGCUUGGAUCAUUGCUGAUGCUAUUCCUGUUUUCAGUGACCUUCUGUCGUUGAUCAGCUCUCUGUUUGCUAGUUGGUUCAGUUACGGCCUCGGUGGCGUUUACUGGCUACACAUCAACAAGGGAAAGUGGUUAUCUUCACCUCGGAAGAUUUUACUCACUGUGAUCAAUGUUCUGAUCAUCCUGAUCGGUGCUUGCAUGUGUGGCCUUGGUCUCUAUGUUUCGGGCAAGGCAAUCCACGACGAUUCUUCCAGCAACAGCUUCUCUUGCGCUAGCAAUGCUUAA